UCUCUGCCCAUCCAGUGUCUUCCAAACAGAGAAGAAACAAAACAGAGUGGGGGGUUUUUCAAUGGCUACAUUUAGCUUCCUCCGUUUAACCAGAGCAAAUCCUUUUCACCGGACUCGCAUGUCCGGUGCCGAUUCCGACGAUAUCCCCCGUCAGCCGCCUACUAUAUCUCCGGCGGAGCAAUUUCCACCGAUGUCCGCCACUUUCAAUCGACGACUCUUCACCGGUAUAGGUUCUGCAUCAGUGGUAGCAGUUGGUGCCAACUUCGCCGGAAUCACAAGUUUCCUUCUUGGGUUGUCGCCGGAGACCGGUCGGAAACUAAAACUCGAUAUAAUCUAUCCAAUCGGAGGCUAUAGCCGUUGUGUUCAACAGAGUGCCGGAUUUGAAUUCAUAUAUCCAUCAAAUUGGGUUGGAGAUCAAAGAUUGUUGUAUAGAGCAGCCAAGAAAUUAGAAAGAGCAUUAGAUGAACCGACAAUAAACAGCCUUCCUAAAAUUAGAGACAAUGAAACCCUUAUUAGAAGUGAACCCGUGGUCGCGUUCGGACCGCCGGGAUCCAGCGGCGAGCUAAACGUCAGCGUUAUCGUAUCUCCAGUUCCAUUAGAUUUCAGAAUUGAAGCGUUUGGAGAACCGGAAGAGGUGGGGAAGACGUUGAUCGGAAAGAUAACUUCUUCGUCGGAAGUGAAAGGGACUUUACUGAAAUCAAGAUUAAGGAAGGAUGAUGAUGAUAAAGUGAAGUAUUAUGAGCUUGAAUAUAGAGUUGAAAGUUCUUCUUUUAAGAGACAUAAUAUUGCUGUUUGUUGCGUUUACGAUGGCAGAUUGUUCACUCUUAAUGCUCAAGCUCCUGAGGUUUUAUGGAAGAUUGUUGAAUCAGAUUUCUAUAGGAUUGCCAAUUCCUUCGCCAUUGUUUCUUAUUAGAACAUUCUCCACAUUUGGUUUACAUCUUGUUCCAUCGUCUAUUCCAAAUUCUAGCAGCUCAAUUUGCAGUCAGACCGGUGAUUAUGGGUCUGCCAGUUAAUGAACAUUGUGACCUGUUCAAACCGCCCGAUGAACCCGUCGAUCAUCAUCCUGUUCCCGAUGAAACCCUAGAUUCAAAGUUAAUAAACCCGGUUGAAGUUGAAGUUGCAGUUGCUGUUAAUAAUAAUAAUGGUGAAAGGAAAUUAGGGCCAAAGAAGACGGUCAGCAUAAAUGAGAGAGUUGAAGUUAUUGAUUUUGGAAAGAUGAGGAAGACGACGUCGUUUGAUAGAUUAUCCAUAGACAAUACUAAUAAUAAGAAACCAUUGAAAUCUAUACUUAGGGUUGGUUCCAUUAUCCGCUCAUCCUAAAACAUGCCGGAAGAAUUUCGGAAAUAUUAAUGUAAUAUUUUAUCUUUAUUAUUAUUGUUAUUAUAAAUGUAUAUUUU